CGUUGAAGGCUUAAAACAUACGAUAUGGUAGCAAGUUCCAUGCAAAAGGACAACAUAUAAUAACAACACUUCACUUUUCCUUUCUCUCUCUCUCUCUCUUUUCUUUCUUCUCUCCAAGCUUCUUUAAUGUCGCAUCUUCAGUGUCUCACUUUCCUCUUCUUGUUUCUUUUACUCCAAAACGCCACGUCAGCUUCACCCCUCCCUCUCCGCCGGAGACCGGUUCACAACAACAGCACUCACAGCAACUUCGCUAAGCAUCCACGACGUAGAGUGGUUUUUCCGGUGAACCGGAGUAGCUGCGACCUCUUCGCUGGCGAGUGGGUGCGGGACGCGACAUACCCACUUUACCGGGUGGAGGAAUGCGGCAGAGGAAUGAUAGAUCCGGGAUUUGAUUGUCAGACUUACGGCAGACCUGACUCCGACUAUCUUAAGUUCCGGUGGAAACCUUUCAAUUGCGACGUCCCAAGGUUCAAUGGGGUGAAGUUUCUACAGAAGAUGAGAAACAAAACAGUGAUGUUUGUUGGUGAUUCGUUGGGUAGAAACCAAUGGGAGUCGUUGAUGUGUAUGAUAUCUUCAUCAGCACCGUUCAUUAGUACAAAUCUUAUUCAUGAAGAUCCUCUCUCUACCUUCAAGAUCCUUGAUUACAACGUUAAAGUGUCAUUCUAUAGAGCUCCUUAUCUUGUAGACAUAGACAAAAUUCACGGAAAGACAACUCUUAAACUUGACGAAAUCUCUGUCGAUGCAUCGGACGCUUGGAGAACAGCCGACGUUCUGCUGUUCAACACUGGUCAUUGGUGGAGCCACACAGGGUCUCUACGAGGGUGGGAGCAGAUGGAGACAGGAGGGAGAUAUUACGGCGACAUGGAUAGGUUGGUGGCACUAAGAAAAGGACUAAGAACAUGGUCUAAUUGGGUCCUUCGUUAUAUCAACUCCCCUCUCACUAGAGUUUUCUUCCUCUCCGUCUCACCCACACACUACAAUCCAAAUGAGUGGACUUCAAGGGCAAAAGCUUCAACGAUAGCUCAAGGAGGAAAAAGCUGCUACGGCCAAACGACACCGUAUAGUGGAACAACGUACCCAACAAGUUCAUAUGUGAACCAGAAGAAAGUAAUUGAUGAAGUGGUGAAAGAGAUGGAUUCCCAUGUCUCAUUGAUGGAUAUAACUAUGCUCUCUGCUCUUCGAAUAGACGGUCAUCCUUCAAUCUACAGUGGCGAUCUCAAUCCUUCUCUAAAGAGAUUUCCUGACCGUUCAUCGGAUUGUAGCCAUUGGUGUCUUCCUGGUCUCCCCGAUACUUGGAACCAACUGUUCUAUGCUGCUUUGAUGUUUUAAGAUCUGACUAAUCAAAUAUCAUCCAAAUGUAUCUAUUGCAGUAUAGUAUGUUUUUAUUGUAAGUUGUUAUGAUUCACUAGACGCAUAAUUGUAAUCCACGGGAAUCUUUUUCUGCGACACUUCUUCAAUGAUUGUUGUUAAGAAAUGGUAUUUUAAUCGA